UCUUCCUUCCUCCUGUGCCGUCCCGUGCUCGGCCAGGACUGGGGCGGGGGGACUCCGCGCGCGCAGCGAGCUUGGCCGGGCUAGGCGCUCCGCUCCUGGAGGCGCACACCUUGGGCCGUGGCGGUGGCGGCGGUGGCAGCGGCAGCGGCAGGCUGGGAAACUUUGCCCCUUUGUGCGCUCCGCCCCGGAGGCGGCGGGCAGGCAGCGUAGCCUUCUCCACCAUCCUGACCCAGGGAGGGAGACCUGUCAGGAGGAAACUCCUCACCCUAAUCUGCCCCACCACACACCCAUUGGCUCGCCUCAUGCCUGAGCCCCGGGUGGGUGAGGGUGAAGAACCCACCCAGCCAAGAUGAAACCUUUCCUGGGGGCUGCUGCUGCUACUGUCUUGUCCCUGAUCCGGGGGCCCUGCAGGUGGGAGACUGGUCCUGGAAGGAGCCCUGGCAGCCGGCUGCAGCGGAGGUGAAGAGGGUUCAAGAAGAGACACUCAUUCCAGAGGCCGAAGCUUCUUGCCGUCACCCUUGUAGACUUGUUUAGGAGAGAACGACCUGUUGGUGGCAUUUGCUGGCAUCAGGAGACUGGACAGUAGUUUAACCCAGCACCUAUGCUCCCUUCCCUGGCAACCUCAGCAUCAUGAGCCAGUUUCAGGUGCCCUUGGCGGUCCAGUCGGACCUCCCAGGCCUUUAUGAUUUCCCGCAGGGCCAGGUGAUGGUAGGGGGCUUCCAGGGGCCUGGGCUUCCUAUGGCUGGGAGUGAGACCCAACUGCGAGGGGGUGGAGAUGGGCGAAAGAAAAGAAAAAGGUGUGGGACCUGUGAGCCCUGCCGGCGGCUGGAAAACUGUGGGUCUUGCACUAGCUGCACCAAUCGCCGCACGCACCAGAUCUGCAAACUUCGCAAGUGUGAGGUGCUGAAGAAAAAAGUGGGGCUUCUUAAAGAGGUGGAAAUAAAGGCUGGUGAAGGAGCAGGGCCUUGGGCACAAGGGGCGACUGUCAAGACAGGCUCAGAGCUCAGCCCAGUUGAUGGACCUGUUCCAGGUCAGAUGGACUCAGGGCCAGUGUACCAUGGAGAUUCAAGGCAGCUAAACACCUCAGGGGCGCCGGUCAAUGGUGCUAGAGAGCCCGCCGGACCCAGUCUGCUGGGAGCUGCAGGUCCUUGGCGGGUAGACCACAAGCCCGACUGGGACGCUGCCUCAGGCUCUGCUCACACUGCUCGUUUGGAAGAUGCCCACGACCUGGUGGCCUUUUCGGCCGUGGCCGAAGCUGUGUCCUCUUAUGGGGCCCUUAGCACCCGGCUCUAUGAAACCUUCAACCGUGAGAUGAGUCGCGAGGCUGGGAACAGCAGGGGCGCCAGACCUGAGAGCUGUUCUGAGGGCAGUGAAGACCUCGACACGCUACAGACAGCCCUGGCGCUUGCGAGGCAUGGCAUGAAACCACCCAACUGCAACUGCGAUGGCCCAGAGUGCCCCGACUACCUCGAGUGGCUGGAGGGGAAGAUCAAGUCUGUGGCCAUGGAGGGAGGGCAGGAGCGGCCCAGACUCCCAGGCACUCUGCCUCCUGGUGAGGCUGGCCUCCCAACCCCAAGUACCAGACCACUCCUUAGCUCUGAGGUCCCCCAGGUACCUCCUCUGGAGGGCCUGCCUCUGUCUCAGAGUGCCUUGAGCAUUGCCAAGGAAAAAAACAUCAGCCUGCAGACAGCCAUCGCCAUCGAGGCCCUCACACAGCUCUCCUCUGCCCUCCCUCAGCCUUCCCAUUCCACCUCCCAGGCGUCCUGUCCACUCCCUGAGGCCUUGUCCCCUUCUGCCCCUUUCAGGUCUCCCCAGUCCUACCUCCGGGCCCCCUCAUGGCCUGUGGUUCCCCCAGAGGAACAUCCAUCCUUUGCUCCCGAUAGCCCAGCCUUUCCUCCAGCAACUCCAAGAACUGAGUUUCCCGAAGCUUGGGGUACUGACACCCCUCCAGCAACACCCCGGAACUCCUGGCCUGCGCCCCGCCCAAGCCCUGACCCUAUGGCUGAACUGGAGCAGCUAUUGGGCAGUGCCAGUGAUUACAUCCAGUCAGUAUUCAAGCGGCCCGAGGCCCUGCCCACCAAGCCCAAGGUCAAGGUUGAGGCCCCCUCUUCCUCCCCUGCCCCGGCACCAUCCCCUCUUUCCCAGAGGGAGGCUCCCCUGCCCUCCCCAGAGCCUGAUGCCCACCAGAAGGCCCAGACGGCACUGCAGCAGCACCUCCACCAUAAGCGCAGCUUGUUCCUGGAGCAGGCCCAUGAUGCCUCCUGCCCUGCUCCCACAGAGCCUCAGGCUCCUGGCUGGUGGGCCCCACCAGGCUCACCGGCCCCACGACCUCCUGACAAACCACCCAAGGAAAAGAAGAAGAAGCCCCCUACCCCAGCUGGAGGUCCUGUGGGAGCUGAGAAAACCACCCCUGGGAUCAAGCCCAGUGUCCGAAAGCCCAUUCAGAUCAAGAAAUCCAGGUCCCGGGACAUGCAGCCUCUCUUCCUGCCUCUUCGGCAGAUUGUUCUCGAAGGGCUAAAAUCCCAAGCCUCAGAGGAUGUGCAGGAUCCUCCGCCUGCCCAGCUCCCUGCCCCGCCUCCCGCCUCCCAGGGUGCUGCCUCCCAGAGCUCUGCUGCCCCUCUACCCCCAGAACCUUCUCUUGCGCUAUUUGCACCUAGUCCCUCUGGGGACAGCCUGCUGCCCCCUACUCAGGAAAUGAGGUCCCCCAGCCCUAUGACAGCCCUACAGCCAGGCUCCACCGGUGGCCCCCUUCCUCCUGCUGAUGACAAGCUGGAAGAGCUCAUCCGGCAAUUUGAAGCUGAAUUUGGGGAUAGCUUUGGGCUUCCGGGCCCUCCUUCGGUGCCCAUUCAAGACCCUGAGAGCCAAACAACAUGUCUCCCAGCUCCGGAGAGCCCUUUCGCCACCCGCUCCCCCAAGAAGAUCAAGAUUGAGUCUUCGGGGGCUGUGACUGUACUCUCAACCACCUGCUUUCAUUCGGAGGAGGGCAGCCAGGAGGCCACGCCCACCAAGGCCGAGAACCCACUCACACCCACCCUCAGUGGUUUCUUGGAAUCGCCUCUGAAGUACCUGGACACGCCCACCAAGAGUCUUCUGGACACGCCUGCCAAGAGGGCCCAGGCCGAAUUUCCCACCUGCGAUUGUGUCGAACAAAUAGUGGAGAAAGAUGAAGGCCCAUAUUACACUCACCUGGGAUCUGGCCCCACAGUAGCCUCUAUCCGGGAACUCAUGGAGGAGCGGUAUGGAGAAAAGGGGAAAGCUAUCCGGAUCGAGAAGGUUAUCUACACAGGGAAGGAGGGGAAGAGCUCUCGAGGUUGUCCCAUUGCCAAGUGGGUGAUCCGAAGACACACACUGGAGGAGAAGCUGCUGUGCCUGGUGCGUCAUCGGGCAGGCCACCAUUGUCAGAACGCCGUGAUUAUCAUCUUGAUUCUGGCCUGGGAGGGCAUCCCUCGCAGCCUUGGAGACACCCUCUACCAGGAGCUCACCGAUACCCUCCGGAAGUACGGGAAUCCUACCAGCCGGAGAUGUGGCCUCAAUGAUGACCGGACCUGCGCUUGCCAAGGCAAAGACCCCAACACCUGUGGUGCCUCCUUCUCCUUCGGUUGUUCCUGGAGCAUGUACUUCAAUGGCUGCAAAUACGCUCGGAGCAAGACGCCACGCAAGUUCCGCCUCACGGGGGACAAUCCCAAGGAGGAGGAAGUGCUCCGGAAUAGCUUCCAGGACCUGGCCACUGAAGUUGCUCCCCUGUACAAGCGGCUUGCCCCCCAGGCCUAUCAGAAUCAGGUGACCAAUGAGGAAGUGGCGAUCGACUGCCGUCUGGGGCUGAAGGAAGGGCGGCCCUUCUCAGGGGUCACAGCCUGCAUGGACUUCUGUGCCCACGCCCACAAGGACCAACAUAACCUCUACAAUGGGUGCACAGUGGUCUGCACCCUGACCAAGGAAGACAAUCGCUGCGUGGGCCAGGUCCCCGAGGACGAGCAGCUGCACGUACUACCCCUCUACAAGAUGGCCAACACGGAUGAAUUUGGCAGUGAGGAGAGCCAGAAUGCCAAGGUGAGCAGCGGGGCCAUCCAGGUGCUCACCGCAUUCCCGAGAGAGGUCCGGCGUCUGCCUGAGCCUGCCAAGUCUUGCCGCCAGCGGCAGCUAGAAGCCAGGAAGGCAGCAGCCGAGAAGAAAAAACUGCAGAAGGAGAAGCUGAGCACACCAGAGAAGAUCAAGCAGGAGGCUCUGGAGUUGGCUGGCGUCACCACUGACCCAGGCCUGUCUCUGAAAGGCGGAUUAUCGCAGCAAAGCCUGAAGCCCUCCAUCAAAGUGGAGCCUCAAAACCACUUCAGCUCCUUCAAGUACAGUGGCAAUGCAGUGGUGGAGAGCUACUCGGUGCUAGGCAGCUGCCGGCCCUCCGACCCCUACAGCAUGAGCAGUGUGUAUUCCUAUCACUCUCGCUAUGCACAGCCCGGCCUGGCCUCCGUCAACGGCUUCCACUCCAAGUACACACUUCCCUCCUUUGGCUACUAUGGCUUUCCAUCUAGCAACCCUGUCUUCCCCUCCCAGUUCCUAGGCCCCAGUACCUGGGGACAUGGGGGCAGUGGGAGCAGUUUUGAGAAGAAGCCAGACCUCCAUGCUCUACACAACAGCCUGAACCCGGCCUACGGUGGUGCUGAGUUUGCCGAGCUGCCUGGCCAGGCUGUUUCCACAGAUACCCACCACCCCACCCCUCACCACCAGCAGCCUGCUUACCCAGGCCCCAAGGAAUAUCUGCUACCCAAGGUCCCCCAGCUCCACCCAGCAUCCAGGGACCCCUCCCCCUUUGCUCAGAGCUCCAGUUGCUACAACAGAUCCAUCAAGCAAGAGCCAGUAGACCCUCUGACCCAGGCUGAGUCUGUGCCCAGAGACUCUGGUAAGAUGGGCAGAACACCCUUACCCGAGGCAUCUCAGAAUGGGGGACCCAGUCAUCUGUGGGGACAGUACUCAGGAGGCCCAAGCAUGUCCCCCAAGAGGACUAACAGUGUGGGUGGCAACUGGGGAGUGUUCCCUUCUGGGGAAAGCCCCGCUAUUGUUCCAGACAAGCUCAAUUCUUUUGGGGCCAGCUGUCUGCCCCCUUCACACUUCCCAGACAGCCAGUGGGGACUGUUCACUGGUGAAGGCCAGCAGUCGGCCCAUCCUGGAGAACGGCUUCGAGGCAAACCCUGGAGCCCCUGCAAGUUUGGGAACAGCACUUCGGCCUUGACUGGUUCCAGCCUGACUGAGAAGCCGUGGGGGGUUGGAGCAGGGGAUUUCAGCUCUGCCCUGAAAGGUGGUCCUGGGUUCCAAGACAAGUUGUGGAAUCCUGUGAAAGUCGAGGAGGGAAGGAUUCCCACACCGGGGGCCAGCCAGCUGGACAAAGCCUGGCAGGCCUUUGGCAUGCCCUUGGGCUCCAGUGAGAAGCUGUUUGGGGCCCUGAAGUCGGAGGAGAAGCUGUGGGAUCCAUUCAGCCUGGAGGAGGGGACAGCUGAAGAGCCCCUAAGCAAGGGGGUGAAGGAAGAGAAGAGUGGCCCAGGAGUGGAAGAGGAGGAGGAGCUGUGGUCAGACAGCGAACACAACUUCCUGGAUGAGAACAUUGGUGGAGUGGCCGUGGCCCCUGCCCACUGCUCCAUCCUCAUAGAGUGUGCCCGGCGAGAGCUUCAUGCCACCACGCCACUCAAGAAACCCAACCGCUGCCACCCCACCCGCAUCUCGCUGGUCUUCUACCAGCACAAGAACCUCAACCAGCCCAACCACGGGCUGGCGCUCUGGGAGGCCAAGAUGAAGCAGCUGGCUGAGCGGGCGCGGCAGCGGCAGGAGGAGGCUGCGCGCCUGGGCCUGGGCCAGCAGGAGGCCAAGCUCUAUGGGAAGAAGCGCAAAUGGGGGGGUGCUAUGGUGGCCGAGCCCCAGCACAAAGAAAAGAAGGGGGCUGUCCCCACCCGGCAGGCGCUGGCCAUGCCCACAGACUCAGCGGUCACCGUGUCCUCUUACGCCUACACAAAGGUCACUGGCCCCUACAGCCGCUGGAUCUAGGUGCCAGGAGCCAGCGUACCUCAGCGUCGGGCCCGGCCCGAGCUGCCUCUGUGGUGCUUUUGCCCUCAUGCCCGGGGGCGGGUUGGGGGUGCAGAAGUCUCUCUAUAUCUACAUAUAUGGAUAUGCCUAUCAUAUAUAUGUAUUUAUGGUCCAAACCUCAGAACUGACCCGCCCCUCCCUCCCUACUUCCCCAGCACUUUGAAGAAGAAACUACGGCUGUCGGGUGAUUUUUUUUUCGUGAUCUUAAUAUUUAUAUCUCUACAUUGUUUUUAUUUUUCCCCUUGUUUUGAGGGGCUUUUAAUUUCUCUUUGUUUUUAAAACUUUAUCCUUGUAUAUCACAAUAAUGGAAAGAAAGUUUAUAGUGUCCUUUCACAAAGGAGCGUAGUUUUAAAUUCCAUUUAAAAUGUGUAUUUAUUGGGUUUUUUUUUUAAAGCGACAAUAGUAAUGGUUACAGAUGGGCAGGAAAGGCCGUCAGUGCUUCCUGCCGGGCGAGCCCAGUCUCCUGGGAGCUGCAGGUUCUCCCAGCUAUCUGCCCCCCACAAACCAAGGUUAGCAUGUAGCCCUGGUCUAUCCCUCCUUCCCACAGGCCGGGGAGCCUUUGGGACCACCCCGUUCCCCUCUGUGGAAUGGGAGAAGCUGUAGACAUCUGGGGGCCCGGCCUGGAGAUGCUGGUGUUUGAUGUCCCCAGAAACCAGGUUGGAAGUAGACAGCUUCAAGCUUGCUAGUCUCCACACUGAAUCCUCUCUGUCCGUUAUUUAUCAAGUCAUAUGAUGUCCUGGUUCGCUAGGCAGCACCUCACGCUGGAGCAGGAGUCGAGAGGCUCCUAGUAGCCCUUCCCGUCUCAUUGGUAAAGCCAGUGAGUACCAGGCUGAAGGAGGCUUAGUGGCAGUUUCUUUACAAAAUCGCCCCAAAGUUUGUCAAUACUGAAAAAGGGCUACUGUAUCUUUGAAAACAAGAAGUUGAACCCAAGCUGUGAAGAGCCAGCGUGCUGUACGGUGCUGUAGGGUGCGGUGCUGUGUGGUGCUGUGCAGUG